CGGACUCGCGAUGGCUGUAUGACCUGCCGAAGGCGACGCAUCCGAUGCGACCAGGCAAGACCAACAUGUGCCAAUUGCAGCCGGAAGGGCUUCCAGUGUAUGCGUCAAGUUCAGCUCAAAUGGCAAGCGGAUUACAAGUCACAAAACUUGGCCUUCGGCCGGGAGGGCGUGUGGAGGAAACACAGAACAUCUGCAGAUAGAGCCUCAAGCCGUGGCAACAAGACAUGGGUUCAAUAUCCGCUUAUACAGGCAUACAACUUCAUCUCUCAUACUGUGGACCGCGACACCGGCUCGAUGAUCGGAUCGACGAGCUUCUUGAAAGAACAGCAUCAUCUCAAUCUGGACCUAGAACGACCAUUCUCGACGUUCCCAAAUGCCGCGGUCACUGUAGACGCGUCCGUUCUAUCAUACUACGUGCAGAAUCUUUGUCCUCUCACGACCCUGAGUCGACAUGCUCGGUCGCCUUUCGUGACGCUUAUAAUACCAUCGCUGCCGACUGCUUCAUCUGCAGUACUAGACGCCAUUCUUGCUCUGGCGGCAUGUCACGGCUCGUCGAUAAACAAAACUUGGGCAGCUUCUGCCGCGCAAUUGGAAGCAAGAGCAAUACACUCCCUGCGACACCGCUUGGCCAAUAUGACCGAGUAUGAGCUUGCCACGGAUCCUGAUAUUCACAUCGUUACAAUGAUGCUCUGCUUGUACGAAAUUGUCAACAAAUGCGACAAACAAUGGGUCAUUCACUUAAAAGGCGCACGUGAGAUAGCUCGGACCAGGCGAAGGCUCAUCAGUGCCAAUCAAGUCGAACAAGGUCUUCUCCGAUUCACGGAUUCCUUCUUUGCAUUUCAAGACGUCAUUGGCAGAACUGCCUGCGGCGAGGAACCAAUUUUUGACAACACAUAUUGGGACGCAUCCGACGCUCGAGUGGAUGCUUGGCUUGGAUGUAGCCCGGCAUUGGUGGCGGUCAUAUGUCAAGCAACCGAAUUGAGCAGGCAAAAGAGGGACUUGACAGCCUUCGAAUUUCAAGCCAGAGCUGCAGGCUUGGAGGCGCAGCUAGAACGUCUCGAGCAAAUUGUGCCAGACGCAAACGACACAAACUUGCAGAAAUCUGCUGACGUGAAGUAUCUGGCCGCCUCAGUCGUCAUUCAUUGCGCGCUUAAUGAUGCUUUGCCGAAUAUGAAUCUGGUUCGUCGUUUAGUUGCUCAGAUCUUGCUCUUGGUCAAGUGGUUCGUCGAGCAGAGCCUCGGCGCAGGUCUCCUAUGGCCGCUGUUUGUUGCUGCGGCAGAACUUGAUCCUACGAAUGACGACUAUGCCACAGAAAACGGUUCGGAUAUCAUCGUGGGAAGAGCUUUUGUCCUGCGUGCUCUUGACUGCCUAGCGAUUUCUAGCGUCACGAAUGUCAGCAAGGCAAGACAAGUGAUUACGGAAAUCUGGCAAGCUCGCGACGAAGCUGUGGAAGACGUUCCGACUUUCCCGACGAAUGACUGGGAACACUACGUUGCGCCACGGAGUUCCAAUCUCAGUCUU